AGAGGGGAAGACACAACAUACAGUAUACUCUAUAUGUUUGUCUCUUUUUGUUCUCUUCAGCACUCAUACAGUCCUAUUCUAUCCUAUUCUAUUUUUAGAUUCAGUCUAAUUGCCAAGCUGCUCCUCCAUCCUCAUCACUGAAACCUCCUCCUCAUCACCACCACCUCCACCCUCGUAUUUCUUCCUACGGGCGCUACUUUCAGCACCGGACAGCUCCUGUCGUUUCCCACGCUCCGCCCACCUCCGGCAGACUGGCACUGAGGAACAACCACACACACUGGUGGGCGACACUUCAAGUGGCCUAUUAGGGCUUUAUUGGGAGGGACGGAACUUCAGGAACAAUUUGCUCCGUUCCUCGUCAUCCUACUCCUCUCACAUGGAUUUCUCCGAGGAGGAGUAAAAAAGAGACCCCCAGCACUCGGUUAUAAUAACGUGGCUGCAUGUAAAUGGACUGCGGACUGAUGAGGAGUCAGUGUUGUUUUCUCACGAGUUAGGAGGCUCGAGAGCGUCUGGGCAGCUGUUUGGAUCAGAACGGAGAAGAAGAGAGAGAAAGUCUGUUCUUCCUGGCGCGGACAAACGAUGCACUGGAUGAGAAGCGGGAAUCCCUUGUCGUUUCCACCUCGAUCAUGGGUAUGAAAUUCAGGGCAUUCUUUGGUGUGUGUUUCUUAAAGUGUCUCAUCCCGUAAGACAGCGGAGGAAAGCCAGUGGCUUUGGUUAUGAUCGCCACACUUUGCCAAGUGUCCACGGUGUCUUCUCUGUGCCUGUGAAAAAGGAACCAUGGCUCUCCUGGUCGUCCCGCUGCUCCUGCAAACAGGGCUGGUUUUGGGAUCAAACUACGGUUAUGUGGAGUGGUCCGAUAAUGACAGAGAUGACAAGCACCCACCAGUCUUCAGCACCCAAAAUAUCAACGGGGAGCCGCCCCAACACCCGACCUAUUACUCGGUACCUUCCACCGAGCGCACGGUGGUGGCGCACAAAAUUGAAGAGGACCUGCCGAGGGUGGUGACCGCUUUCCUGCACACCGGGGACUCCUCGGCGCUGAGGCAGGUCAACUGUUCGCGGAGGUACGAGCUGAGCAGCCUGCGGGGCGGCCUGCACGUCGCCUCCCACUAUUCCCUUCACAGUAUCCUGGACACCGUAGCGCACGCCACAAACUUCCUGAACAUGAUCCUGCAGGCCAACAGGUCCCGGGAGCAAACCCUGCGCAGGGACAUCCACUGGUACCACGCGCUGGUGCAGAGCAUCCUCGAGGGGGACCCCAAAAUCCACAGGGCGGUGGUGACCUUCCACACGGACGCGCCGACACCGGGGCCCCACGUUUUCCUCCAGGCGACGAGAACCGAGGAGAAGAAGGAGGUGGUGCUGCAGGACCUGUCCAGCUCUGCGCACCGUCACCUGCGGAGCAGGAGCCCGGAGUCCGACUGGUUUAAUGAGUUCAGGGACGGGAAGAGACCACACUUGCACAGACGAGUUCCACCGGCAUCAGGUUCCAAGAGUGGAAAUUACCUUCUGGACAAAAACCAGAUCAAGUGGUCGGCACCGUACCUUGAGUGUGAACAUGGUGCGUUUGUUCCCUAUUGGCUGCUCACCUUGUCCGCUGGCUUCUAUGGGCUGAAGAGCAACUCUGCGCCAGAGUUCAGGGGUGUUGUUCGUGUGGAUGUGAACCUACAAGAUGUGGACAUCGACCAGUGCUCCAACAGUGGCUGGUUCGCUGGGACUCACCGCUGUAAUCUCACCAGUAUGGAAUGCACUCCCAUUGUUGGCCAUGGAUUUGUGUUGGACAAGUACAAGUGCCAGUGCAGGAGAGGAUUCUACCAUCCGCGCCGAGUGGCGCUCAAUGGCUUUAAAAGUAAGGAGCAGGGCUCUCACAGAGACGAGACCUCUGACGUGUCGAGCAAGUGCCUGCCGUGCCGCGAGGGCUGCCCCUACUGCCAGGACGACACGCCCUGUCUGGUGCAGGAGGACAGCGCUCUGCGGCUCGCUGUGGCCUCCUUCCAGGGUCUGUGUAUAGUGCUGGAUCUGGCCAGCAUGGUGGUAGUCUACCACUUCAGGAGGAACAAGAGCAUCCGCACAUCUGGUCUCAUCCUGCUGGAAGCCAUCUUGUUUGGGGCUUUACUGCUUUACUUCCCAGCGAUGAUCCUGUACUUCCAUCCCAGUGCGUUUCGAUGUAUCCUUCUGAGGUGGGUUCGCCUCCUUGGUUUCGCCAUCAUGUACGGCACCAUCGUCCUCAAACUGUACAGGGUGUUAAAGGUGUUCCUGUCCCGCACAGCCCAGAGGACGCCUUACAUGACCAGCUGGCGCGUGCUGCGGCUGCUGGCAGUGAUUGUGCUGGUGGUGCUGUGGUUCCUGGUGGCCUGGACGUCCGCUGUGUGCCAGAACCCCGAGCUGAGUCGAGCUCUGAUCACCGCGGGCCUCACCCCAGAGGGACUGCAGUUCAGCAUGUGCCUGCUGGACCGAUGGGACUACAUGAUGGCUGUCGCGGAGUUCCUGUUCCUGCUGUGGGGAGUGUACUUGUGCUACGCUGUCCGCACUGUACCCUCGGCUUUCCACGAGCCACGUUACAUGGCUGUGGCCAUCUACAAUGAGCUCCUCAUAUCUGCCAUCUUCCACAUCAUCAGGUUCUCUCUGGUGCCAGGACUGCACCCUGACUGGAUGCUCAUGUUGUUCUUUGCUCACACUCAUCUCACUGUGACUGUGACUCUGGGCCUGCUGCUUGUUCCAAAGUUCCUGUCCAAAGGGACUCAAGCCAGGGAUGAUAUUGCCACAGAGGCCUACGAGGAGGAGUUGGACAUGGGAAGAUCUGGCUCUUACCUCAACAACAGCAUCACCUCGGCCUGGAGCGAGCACAGCUUGGACCCCGAGGAUAUACGGGAUGAGUUGAAGAAACUGUACGCCCAGCUGGAAGUCUACAAACGUAAGAAGAUGCUUGCCAAUAACCCUCAUCUCCAAAAGAAGCGCAACUCCAAGAAAGGCCUGGGCCGCUCCCUGAUGAAACGAAUAACAGAGAUCCCAGAGACGAUGCACAUACACCGCCAGUGUAGUCGCGAGGACGGCAGUGAACAUGGCAGCAACCGCAGCACCUUGAAGAGAAACCCCUUUGAACCGAGUCAUCACGGCAAACCUCGGGAUGACUCCCUGAAGAACAAAGUCAUGGGCUUGAAGAAGUCACUCAGCUAUGACCACGUUUGUGACCAGGAUGAGGACACUGGAAGCCAAACUGGCUCGACUGCAGGAGACAAAAUGACUCCUGUUGGAGGCAGCGGAGAAGGAUCUCUUCUGGGUUCCCUCAUCGGCCGGAGACAUGCCAAGAAGCAGCUAGAACCGGCUGCAACCCCACCAAGACUGGAACCAGCCGAGUCCACUGAGUCUGUUCCGCUGUUCUGGAAAUCAGCCAGUGCUCACAACCUAACACAUGAGAAGAAGCCCGUCCACCUGCGGACCUCCAUCAUGCAGAAGUCCCUGAGUGUGAUCGCCAGUGCCAAAGAGAAGAUGCCUGGGCUUACCAACAAGACGCAAAGUGUGGAGGAUGCUAGUAAGAAGGGUUUAAAGGGACAGGAGGGGAGGAUGCUGUCAGAGGUGGAUGAGACGCCUGAGCAUUAUCCAAAAAUGAUCAUCAGCCAGUCAGUGGAGUACUCCAAGACACCAAUGAAGAUGGGCAUCAUGAAACAACAGGUGAGUGGCAGCCAGCCCUCCAUUUGCUCUGAGAUUGGGAAGAACCUUUAUGAUGUGUCUGAGGUUUGUCCCUGGGAACUAGAGGAACCUCAGACCCCUUCUGAAACAAAAACCCAGAAACAUGUUUCCAUUGCUCCUGGAGAAACCACUGGCGGCCGGAGAGGCAGCAGCAGCUCCGGAAUCACCAAAGGUAGCCGGUCCCAGCAAAGGCAGAAAACAGGACAGUCCCCAUCCAACAGGCGUCGCUCCAAGGAUAAAGGAGGAGAAAGAGAGGAAGGCAGGGAAUUACGAAAAUCUCGGCCACCCAGGUCGCCUCUGCCUCUCAAGCCGGAUGUGUGCCCCUGGGAAUUUGAUGAGCAGCCUAUGCUAGGAGGAGAUUCAGAUUCCAUCUCCCCAGACAGGAUUAGACGUAAGAAAAGUGUCACACCCACUGAUGGGAAACCCAAGGGGCUCCACUCAGACCACUCCAAGUCCACAGGGAGCCUUUUACAGCCUCCUUCCCUGAUGGUGGAGAUCUGCCCGUGGGAUUACACCGGCCCACCUUCACCUAAACAGGAGAAGACCUGCAACAGCCCCACCACACACAAGAAGAAACGGAAAGGCUCCUGCUCAUCCAACCACAAAGCGGAGAAGGAGAAAGGCAGGGAGAAAAGUAGAGAAAGGCGGAGCUCCUCCAGCAAGCCACCGUCAGAGAGGAGGCGGGUUAGCCAGUCGUCUGAGUGCAGUGGGCCGGUUUCUGAGCGGCGGAGGAGCUCCACCAGAGACCCAGAGGUUAUGGAGAUUAGGAGGGCGGAGGUUUUCCCCCGGGAGACUGAGCCCUCACACACCAGCUUUGCUCAGAAAACUAAACCCUCACCAGAGAGGAAGAGAGAGGGCUCUUUGAGUAGUAGUUACAAACCUGCAGUCAUCAGUGGGGCAAAAAUGGCUGACGUUUGCCCCUGGGACUUCGAGGAGCAGGACUCUGAGAGGGCAUGAUGACUGGUGCGACGAUUGUAUUUUUUUGUAUUCGCAGACUGACAGCGCAGAGGACAAAGCAAAGAAACCGAAUGAUAAAGAUCCAACAAUGUAUCUGAUCUGAAAGUUUUUCUCUGAGUCACCUUAGUGUAAAAGAUUUUGCGAGGAACAGAACAUUUAUCCUGCUGUCCACUGAUGCUAUCCAAACAUGACUAUUUGCUAAACAGCAAACUUCUCGUUGUUACAUUGCAAUGAAUGCAACCUUAAAGUCACUUUAAAGGAAUUUUUAGUCAGCACUUUUGCUUGCCCAUUUGUCAGUUACAUUAAAUGUAUGUUUUAUCACACUGGUUACAUCAAGGUGAUUUGUAAAUGAAUCAUAUUUACCAGCAGAUCAGACAAUCAUUUGUCCACAAACACAGGAAAUGCUUCACCUAAUAAGCUUAUUGAAUAGCAGCGCGUGUUUCCCCUGUUGUGCUGAUGAUAUUCUAUGUUAUGCAGUGAGCCUGUGGAGACUUAAUGUGUCAGAUGCUGAUGAUGAAAACAAGCAGGCAGGGAAAAAGACCUAAGGAAAAAUAGUAUGUUAGCUUAGAGAAGCAGGACCAAAGCCCCAGACGCAGCUGUGAUGCCUUAGCUUUAGGCCAAGUCCAUAAUUCAUGGUAUGAAGAUGAUCUGUUUGAUUAGAGAAAUGGGGGAUUGCAGUACAUCUUAAUGAAGAGAACUAUAUGUUUCAGUAAAAGUUCUCCGUAUACAGUACAGAUUUUUCUUGAAAAAAAAAAUAGCCAUUGCAUGUGGCAAACUACUGUAUCAAGCAUCCAACAACUAAAUGUUCAUUGGUUAACUUGUACUCAAAUAUGACAGUGGAACUUUUGAUGUUGUUGCCUAUGGUAUUUUGUCUCAUUAUGUACCACAUGAUGCUUUUGAAAUGAUGUGCAUUGCUAUCAAUAAUGCACACACAUAUUUAAAAUCACUUGCAGUUGCAGUUGAGCAGUGCUAAAAUAUCCAUGAGGCUCUCCCUUCUGUUGACAUUUAUUUACUGCUCUAUAUUUCUGCCCUGGACGUCCCAUCUUAACAUGAGAAACACAAAAAACAAACAAACACUCUUGCCUUGCAGGCUGUGCUAUCUACACACAUAGAAAAUGUGAAGUCUUUCAAGGACCAAAACCAACUAGAGUGGAUGAUGUGAAUAAUGCAUUUCCUCUAUCACUUAUUCGCCCAUUUUACAUCUGCUUGACUGCACCUUCCUCUAAAGCUUUGCACAUAUUCAACUGCUGAAACCACCACUAUGCAUGACCAAAGCUUUUUUUUUUUGCCACCUUCUCGCAGACAGAAAAUGAGUAAUUUACCAUUUCAACAUCAUCUCCAACAACAACAACAGGAGUCAGCCUUUCUGUCCUGUGAUCAGCCACCCACCACUGACACCUAAUGCAAUGCAGUCACACACGGUAGUCAGUUCAGCUUCAUUAUGGUUGUGUACUAUGCAUGACAGUGAAAAUACAUGGGGCCAUGAUACACUGAAUUUCACCAGAAGGCAUAAAAACGAUAUAUUAUGAAAUUCUUAAAGAAGACUUAGGAGCACAUGGGAUUUUUCUAAUAUAGAUGUCAGAUGUUGUCAUGUAUUUAUCAAGUGUUUUAGGAAAGAACUUCCUGUGGGAGAUUAAGACAUGUUUUACUUAUUCUCAUCAGGCAUGCAGGAGAAGCACUGAUAAUGUGGAAGGCUCGAUAAAUAAACAUGACCCACCAAUCUAACUCUCACAAGUUUUUAUUCUGUCAGAUAGUUUUAAGGCUGUUUGAAAUGGAACUUUGCAACUUGCCCACUAAAUGUAUUUUAUGCUUGUUAUACUGUAUAAUGUCGCUCCGAAACGUUACAGACUGUUGUAGCAUCCACAUGGGAGUAUUUAUAUUGUACAUUCAUAUUGUGUUGCAUGUACAUAUGGUAAAUAUCCUGUUCUCAACUCGGAAUUAAAUAUUUCUAUAAAACUC